GAGCCGCGGCGCGGGGGGAUAGUACGCAUGCGUCGUUUCUUUACAUGGCUAGCGUCCUUAUCCUAGCGGCGGCGGGAGCUGCGGUGGCCGUGCUGCUGGCGCUGCGGCUGUGGGUAGUGCUUCAUUCUCGGGUCCUGGUGCCCCGUCAAUCUCUCAGUCUCUUGGUGGUGGCUGGGUCCGGUGGGCACACCACUGAGAUCCUGAGGCUGCUUGAGAACCUGUCCAAUGCUUACUCUCCUAGACAUUAUAUCAUUGCUGAUAUUGAUGAAAUGAGUGCCCAUAAAAUAAAUUCUUUUGAACUAAAUCGAGCUGAUAGAGACCCCAGUACCAUGCUUCCCGAAUACUACAUUCACCGCAUUCCCAGAAGCCGGGAGGUUCAGCAGUCCUGGCUCUCCACGGUGCUCACCACCCUGUACUCCUUGUGGCUCUCCUUUCCCUUGACUCACAGAGUGAAACCAGAUUUGAUGCCCAAUAAAUGGCAAAGCCGAGAUUCCAGCCGCAGCAGCCUGGCUGGAGGGCGAAGCCUGUUUCCCCGGGUGAGCAGCCUGUGCCGUCACACACGGACCCAUACUCAGGAGGGCCCUGCACUUGCUUUCAUACUCUGCUGUCACGGAUUUCUUAAUGGAUGUGGAACAAGGGACCCGUUCCCCACAAAAUAAUUCGUUGAUCCUGCUUGAGAAUCUGCGCCACUCUGCCAAGUACCAGCAGUACAACCCCGACGGCCAGGCCGGGCUGGGCCGGGCAGCUCCUCAACGAACGGGAGUCCUGUCCCCUUCUGCUAAGCUCUGUCCUUUAACAGCGAGAAGACCCCUCGUAGUGUUUGAGGUGUUCCUUUUCUCCACUUAAAUCUGUUUCGGAAGUAUGAUGUACAUCUAAUAAAUGGUAAGAAAUUAAUGA